AUGGCUGACGACAAGGUCGGCGCACCUGCGCUGGACACCAACAUUGAGCCGGGCAAGUUCGACGAGAAGGCCCAGCAGCACCGACAGCAGGCUCCUGCUGCGCAGGUCCCCAAGAAUGUUGCUGCCGAGGACGACGAGGAUGAGGACAUUGAUGCCCUGAUCGAGGACCUCGAGUCACAGGAUGGCCACGAAGGCUUCGACGAGGAGGAGGAAGAGGGCUCACCCGGUGGCGGCCGCGUCGUUCCCGAGGAGAUGCUCCAGACUGACAGCCGUGUUGGUCUUACCGAGUCCGAGGUGGUUGCCCGUCGCCGCAAGUACGGUCUCAACCAGAUGAAGGAAGAGAAGGAGAACUUGAUUCUUAAGUUCUUCUCCUACUUCGUUGGUCCUAUCCAGUUUGUCAUGGAGGCUGCCGCUGUCUUGGCCGCUGGUCUCGAGGACUGGGUCGAUUUCGGUGUCAUUUGCGCCCUGCUGUUGCUUAACGCUGGUGUCGGUUUCGUCCAGGAAUACCAGGCCGGAUCUAUCGUCGACGAAUUGAAGAAGACUCUCGCUCUCAAGGCCGUCGUCCUCCGUGAUGGCACCCUCAAGGAGAUUGAGGCCCCCGAAGUCGUUCCCGGAGAUAUCCUCCAGGUUGAGGAAGGUACCAUUAUUCCCGCCGACGGUCGCAUUGUCACUGAGGAUGCCUUCCUUCAGGUUGAUCAGUCCGCCAUCACUGGUGAGUCGCUGGCUGUCGACAAGCACAAGGGCGACAACUGCUAUGCUUCCUCUGCCGUCAAGCGUGGUGAGGCCUUCAUCGUCGUCACUGCCACUGGUGACAACACCUUCGUCGGCCGUGCCGCUGCUCUCGUUUCUCAGUCCGCUGGUGGCACUGGUCACUUCACCGAGGUCCUCAACGGCAUUGGUACCAUUCUGCUGAUUCUCGUCAUCGUCACCCUCUUGGUUGUCUGGAUCUCUUCCUUCUACCGAUCCAACCGUAUUGUCGAAAUUCUCCGCUUCACCCUGGCCAUCACCAUCGUCGGUGUCCCUGUCGGUCUUCCUGCUGUCGUCACCACCACCAUGGCCGUCGGUGCUGCCUACCUCGCCAAGAAGCAGGCUAUUGUCCAGAAGCUGUCCGCCAUUGAGUCUCUUGCUGGUGUUGAGAUUCUCUGCUCCGACAAGACCGGUACCCUGACCAAGAACAAGCUCUCACUGUCUGAGCCCUACACCGUCCCGGGUGUUGACCCCGAUGACCUGAUGCUUACUGCCUGUUUGGCCGCCUCCCGCAAGAAGAAGGGUAUCGACGCCAUUGACAAGGCUUUCCUAAAGGCCCUCAAGUUCUACCCCCGCGCCAAGUCUGUCCUGUCCAAGUACAAGGUCAUUGAGUUCCACCCCUUCGACCCCGUCUCCAAGAAGGUCCAGGCUCUUGUCGAGUCUCCCCAGGGCGAGCGCAUCACCUGUGUCAAGGGUGCUCCUCUUUUCGUUCUCAAGACUGUCGAGGAGGACCACCCCAUCCCCGAGAGGGUCGACAAGGACUACAAGAAUUGUGUCGCCGAAUUCGCUACCCGUGGUUUCCGUUCUCUCGGUGUUGCUCGCAAGCGUGGCGAAGGUGCUUGGGAGAUUCUUGGCAUCAUGCCUUGCUCUGAUCCUCCCCGCCACGACACUGCCCGCACUAUCAAUGAGGCAAAGCGUCUCGGUCUGUCCAUCAAGAUGUUGACUGGUGACGCUGUUGGCAUUGCCCGUGAGACUUCCCGCCAGCUCGGUCUUGGUACCAAUGUUUACAAUGCUGAGCGUCUCGGUCUCGGUGGCGGCGGUGACAUGCCCGGCUCUGAGGUUUACGAUUUCGUUGAGGCUGCCGAUGGUUUCGCUGAAGUUUUCCCCCAGCACAAGUACUCCGUCGUCGAGAUUCUGCAGCAGCGUGGCUACCUCGUUGCCAUGACUGGUGACGGUGUGAAUGAUGCUCCCUCUUUGAAGAAGGCCGAUACUGGUAUUGCCGUCGAGGGUGCCUCCGACGCCGCUCGUUCUGCCGCCGAUAUUGUCUUCCUUGCCCCCGGUCUCGGUGCCAUCAUUGAUGCCCUCAAGACUUCUCGCCAGAUCUUCCACCGUAUGUACGCUUACGUCGUCUACCGUAUCGCCUUGUCCUUGCACAUGGAGAUCUUCCUCGGUCUCUGGAUUGCCAUUCUCAACCAGUCUCUCAACAUUGAGCUCGUUGUCUUCAUCGCCAUUUUCGCCGAUAUUGCCACCUUGGCCAUUGCUUACGACAAUGCUCCUUACUCUCAGACCCCCGUCAAGUGGAACCUGCCCAAGCUCUGGGGAAUGUCCGUCCUCCUCGGUGUUGUCCUGGCCAUCGGAACCUGGAUUGCCCUCACCACCAUGUUUGCUGGCAGCGAGAACGGCGGUAUCGUUCAGAACUUUGGUAAACUCGACGAGGUUCUCUUCCUUGAGAUCUCCCUUACUGAGAACUGGCUGAUCUUCAUCACUCGUGCCAAUGGCCCCUUCUGGUCUUCCAUCCCCUCGUGGCAGCUCACUGGUGCCAUCUUGGUCGUCGAUAUCCUCGCCACCUUCUUCUGUCUCUUCGGUUGGUUCGUUGGUGGCCAGACCUCCAUUGUCGCUGUGGUCCGUAUUUGGAUCUUCUCAUUCGGCAUCUUUGCCGUCAUGGGUGGCCUCUACUACUUCAUGCAGGGCAGUGCCGGCUUCGACAACCUUAUGCACGGCAAGUCCCCCAAGAAGGACCAGAAGCAGCGAUCGCUGGAAGACUUUGUCGUCUCCCUCCAGCGUGUGUCGACUCAGCACGAGAAGUCUUCGUAA